UAAUGUAUACGUGAAUAUACUUCUAUACAGGUCGGAGCUGUUACGAAUUAUACCUCACCUAGUGCGGAUACCAAAUUCUACCAAUUCCGCAAUAUGACUCCUGGGAAUUACAAAGUUACGGUAUUUGCUGAAACUGUGAUUGGCACAGGAACCCAUUUAUCAAACACAACUCACAUUAAAGCCGGAGCACCUAUAAAGCUUGUCGAGGAAACUGAUAGCAAUUUGCUGAUGAAAGCAAGCCCUGUUAAGGUGUCUGAUGAAGAGAGACAGAUAUCUGUACAGCUUCCUUUACACAAUCUGCUGUGUAAUUCGUUAAAUGGACCACCUGUACGCUGGGGUGUAGUCGUUGUUCAGAAUGGAAAACAAAACGAUGACCCAUUUAUUGGAACUGUAAAAGACUUUAAUGAUACUCGACUGUCAGUCUACGAAAGAUGGUCACAGGUAAAGGAUGAUGAUCCAAUCCCCGAAUAUGUUACAACUCCAACAAAUUGGAGUCCUAAGUGCUCGCCACAAGUCAUAGGCAGUCGGAAAAAGAGGUCUACAGAUCCAGAUUCCAAGGAGCUUUACGAAGAUUUUGUUGUCGGAAGCCAAGGAGAGUGCUCAGGUGUGCCAAAUGACCAGUAUUGUAAUGGAGAAUUGCAACCAGGCAGAAGUUACAGGGUGAAGGCAUUCGUGUGCACGUCUGAAGGAUGCACGGAAACUAGAUAUUCUAACCCAAUAUCGACUGACCCAGAUUUGACUGUACCAAUAGCAGCUGGGACAUCAUCAGCGAUUGUUGUGUUGGUGGUUGUAUUUGUUGUUGUUUUCAUUUUAAGAAGAAAACAGACGGCGUGUUUUGCAAAAGAUCCCGAAAGAAGUACGCCUACACAUAGACCCGGUGAUGACAUUAAUCUGGAUAAAAUUGAGCCCACCAAAAAGAAUUCCUUCAGACCAGGACCAAUAAAGCUCUCUGAUUUCCCGGAUACUGUUGAAAAAAUGCACAGAGAUUCGGAUUUACUUUUUGCAGAUGCAUACAAGCUUUUGAAAGAAAAAAGUCCUAAUCACCCAAUGACAGCAGCAGAACAACAAUGUUGCAGACCGAAGAACAGAUACACAAAUAUUCUUCCAUUUGAUCAUUCAAGAGUAAAACUGCGGCCAUCAGAUGACAUGGAAGGAUCUGAUUAUAUCAACGCAAACUAUAUUCCGGGAUAUACAUCUCGAAGAGAAUAUAUUGCUACCCAAGGUGCUAUGCAGGCAACCUUUGAUGACUUCUGGCGAAUGAUUUGGGAGCAAAACGUAGAUACAAUUGUGAUGUUGACAAAGCUUAUGGAAAAAGGGCGGCACAAGUGUGAUAAGUAUUGGCCGGACUUGGGUGAACCAGUAUUCUAUGGUGAUUUGGUUGUGUCCCUUCAAUCAGAAUCUAAUCUGUCAGACUAUACAAUCAAGAUAUUUGAAGUAAAAAUGAAAGAGGAACGAAAAAUGGUCAGGCAUUUUAGUUACCUAAAAUGGCCGGAUAUGGGUUGUCCCGACACUCCAGACUUAUUGCUAGAAUUUGUUAAAGCUGUGCGACAGUACACAGAUCGCGAAAAGAGAACGACAUCAGGGCCAACGGUAGUGCACUGCAGCGCCGGUGUAGGACGUACAGGGACAUUUAUAGCUGUUGAUUACUUGUUACAACAUAUCAGAGAUCAUGACGAGGUUGACAUAUUCAGUCUUGUCCUAGAAAUGAGGAACCAUAGGCUCAAUAUGGUACAGACCGAGGAUCAAUAUGUUUACAUCCACGAGUGCCUGAAAGCAUUUAUUACAACUGAUGAAGAGGAAGAAGACGAAGAUGAAGAUGAACAUGUUUAUGUGAAUACAUCAUUCGGAGCGCAAGAAGAAAAUAUCUAUGAAAAUUCAGGAUAUCAGAAGGAUUGAGGAGCGUAACAAGGGCAUAUUAUCAACUAGAUAUGCUGUAUACAUUUGUGCUACAUUAUUAUAUGUGAAAUAUGUUUUUGACAGACGUCACAUUCUACAUUGCCUUAUCUGACACUAUACAAUUAUUGUGCGCUAGAGAGCUUAUAGGGACCUUAUAGAGUAACCUAUACACAGUUCACAAGUAUUCUUCUAUAGUUCCUUCCUGACCAGUUACAUAAAUAUGUCAUUAUGUGAUGACCAUGUUCUAAUCUGUCAAAGUCGUAAAUAUAUAUAACAUCAGUCUAUCUUAACAUGCGUUGAAACUUUUUUCAUUGAUAUCUUGACCUUUACCUUCUAUUCCCUACAUUUUCAUGGUAUAUAUAGCUCAUGGUGUUAGGAAGUAAAAUUCACAGAUUGCAUAAUUCACUGAAAAUAAGUCCAUUUUCUUUCAAGUGUUACAUAUCAAAUCAAACAUAUAAUCGGACAGAAAAUAUUGCAUUUCCAAUCAAGUUUCAUCCAAUUUGUUUAAGAAAUACUAUUUGUUGCGUCUUUUCUCAUUUUCAAAUGCUAACGCACAUUCAUACCAACAUUCAUUAACUUGCGUUUAUUAUGUGUUGUGUAACUACGAUAGCAUCAUAGAAUACAUUCUUAUUGAUACUGCAAUUAAUUUCGUACAGUUUUAUCGUCUGCUGUAAAUAAUUAUGCUAAAUGCAAAUUGACAUAGUAAUGUCUUUGAUGACGUAUUUACUUUUUCUUGCCAAAAUAGUAUAAAGUCAGUGUUAUAGCGAGAUACAAUUUGAAUAUUAUAUAACCAUUCUUUUAUAUAUACCCUUAAUAAAUUUCCUUACUCGGUC